AUGUCUCUGCUUUUCAACCUAGUUGAAAAACUCUUGGUUCAAGAAGGGGACAAGGACCGUUUCUCAACAUGUCCACGAAAAACCCCUUACAUGCUGGUCGGGUUUAUUUUUGGAGAAGACGAAUCUUCAACCGAUGAAGAAAAAAAUAUUACAGAUUAUUGGGUAUUCAAUCCAAGGAGUGAAAAAAUUAUCAAUUUUACUGGAAAGAAAUUCCCAAAAGUGUUGUCGGGAAGAUGCAUACUCCUUGGAGGCUCACGGGGCUGGGCAGUUUUCAUGAGCUACCCUGACUACACCAUACAUCUCAGCCAAGUGUUUAAUCCUUGGUGCUUAGAGUCAUCUCCAAAAACCAUUACUCUGCCCCCAUUAGCUGAUCACCUUGUUCCUCAUGUCGAAAUGAGUGGAAAUGUUUCGUUGUCCACUUAUUUUCCCAACCAGGACGAUGAUUAUAUAGUGUGUUUCACCAUCUUUGGAUCUAAACUUUGUUAUUGUAUGCCUUAUCGAGAUUCGGACUGGGCCAUCAUCGACAUUCCUUUCUCCUACGACAUUGACUCCAAUGUCGUUUAUUCUCAGAAAGACCAGAUGUUCUACCUCCUCACUACAGGAUGUGCUUACAUGGCUGCCUUGGAUCUCAAAAACAAUAAGAAGAAACCCAAAUUUAUGAGGCUUCAGUUUGAGAACUUCCCUUUGAUGCCACAGUACGAGUGGGAGAUAUUGGCUUCAUGUUUACAGAGUGGUUAUAUUGCGGAGUCGUCUUCUGGUGAACGUUUCAUUGUUCAAUGGUAUGUUGAGACACGUAAACUCUCGAACAGAGAAAAACUAAACGAAAAUACAAAGCAAUUCAUGGUGUUUAGGAUAGAAGAUGACGGUGGUCAAUUAUACCAAGGAACAAGAGUCAUUGCUAACUACACAUAAAACAUUGGAGAUCUUUGCAUUUUCAUUGGAGAAAAUGAGACAUUCUGUUUAGAGGCAAGCAAGUUUCCUGGACUCAGCCCGAACUCUAUAUAUUAUGUUGGUUAUGGCUUUGGUGUCUACAAUAUUGGUCAGAAAAGCAGCCGCGAAUAUGAUCUAAAUGGUUUUCCUGGUAUUCAGGGAAGAACUUUAUUUAUGUCUCCUCUCCAUUAGCUAAAUAAAAUGGUGAUCCUCCCUACACUAGUUAUUUCGCUAUAUCAUUAUGAUAAUAAAAUUGUGUUUGAUGUUUAGUAUGAUUUUUCUUUUCAAGCCUUUACCAAUGUUUUAAAUGCUCAUAUACUACAUUGAACUAAAAAUUAUAGGAGAUGAGAGUUUCAUUGCAAUUAUAAGUUUAAGAUCAUGAGUAAAAGGCAAAGAUUGAACAAUCUGAGUGUAUGCGGAGAGGAAAUGAUAACACAAUGAGAGGUUUACAGGAAACGUUUAUUCUUGGCUUGCAGACGAGUAAUUUCUCUAGGUAAUAAUUCCGACGACCAAAAGAAACUUCGAAGUUCCCAAUCCAUGAUCAUCAGCUCCUCCACUCAUCUCUAGAACCCAAGGCUAUGAAGUUUUCUCAUGAAUAUUGUUGAAGGAGGAAAUGGGUUCCAACAUAAUAACAAGAUAUUAUAACUGAAAGAAGGUGGAGGGGGGGGGGGACAAAUUUCUUUUAUGAUAAAUUGUAAGUACAAUGAGGGAUUUUGUAACGAAAAUGAAUAUAAAUAAUAAAAGGAACAU